AUCUCUUCUUCAUCAGUCAGAAAAAGGAAGGGAACGGGUGAGGUGAGGUUGACGAAGAAUUGGAACAAUGAACGUGGAGGAAGAGGUAGAGCGACUCAAGGAAGAAAUUAAGCGCCUCGGUCAGAUGCAACCAGAUGGGUCUUACAAGGUUACUUUUGGCACACUAUUCCAUGAUGAUAGGUGUGCAAACAUUUUCGAAGCAUUGGUUGGAACCCUUAGGGCAGCAAAGAAAAGGAAGAUUGUAGGAUAUGAUGGUGAGCUACUACUACAAGGGGUCCAUGACAAUGUAGAGAUUACCCUCAAACCCUUGCUACCGGUGACCACUGCAGCAACCACUGCAGCAGUUGUAUAAUAUUAAAUGCAAAGAUUGUGAUAUUGCAACUUGAAAACUUUGUUUGGGUAUGAAACGCCCUUCUUAGAUAAGUCUGUGUGAUGUAUUCUGUUCUUCAGUUUGAUCUGUUGGAUAAAGUAUUUCUGCAUCUUAGCGUUCUUCUAUCCUGAUGACUGGUGAAUUUCCCUUGGUUUUUGUAUCAUAUGGAUACAAGUUAUAAGCCACAUUUGAUUUGUAAAGAUUUGUAGCUAUCAGCUUCAUGCUUCUUUG